UGCAUGCAUGCGUGCACAGAGACACCCACAUCUCUCGUUCACCAUGCCUGCUUCACCCUACAGCUACACACUACUGGUCGGGCUUUUCCUCGUCUCCCUGCUGCUGCACAGCCCCAGGCCGUGCUCUUGUGCGAAUUACCACACUCUCGCGGCGGGCCAGGCGCUCGCUGUCGGCGACACCCUCGUCUCCAGGAACGGCAAGUUCGCGCUCGGCUUCUUCCCGUCCGGCACCACCACCACACCCGCCGCCAGUAAGUCCUCCUCCUCCUCUGACAACAACAGCAACACCACCGCCGUCUCCAACUGGUACCUAGGCAUCUGGUUCAACAAGAUCCCAGUCUUCACUCCGGUCUGGAUUGCUAACCGGGAUGACCCGUUCACCGACCCAGACGCAGACCCCAAUAAUAAGCUCCUCCCCAAACGGACUCUGCAAAUCUCUAGAGACGGGAACCUUGUAGUAGUCCAGGAGGACAACAACGCUCCUCAAAGAACUGAAACCCUAGUCGUUUGGUCCACCACCACCACCAGCAGCAACACCACCAGCACCAACACCAACAACACCAGCACCAACACCACCAACACCGUCGCCGAGCUCACCCACAAUGGCAACCUGGUGGUGCGCGACGCCUCGGCCUCGGACGCGUCCAAGGUCCGGUGGCAGAGCUUCGACUACCCAACAGACGUGUACCUCCCGGGAUCCAAGCUGGGCAGGAACAAGGUGACGGGGUUGAACCGCGUCUUCGUGUCGAGGAAGAACAGGGCGAACCCGGCCCGCGGCUCCUACUGCGUCGGGGUGGACUCACGGUUCUCCCAGGGGAUCAUACUCAGCCAGUGCUCCUCUUCCGUCGUGUACUGGGCGUCGGGCACAUUCUCACUGUCGGACGUGGAUCCCAGCGACAGCGGCUUCAUCAGCUACAACCAGAUCGACAACGCCCAGGAGCAGUACUACAUCUACACCAUACCCAACGACACCCUCUCCGUGUACACCGCCGUGGAGACCUCUGGCCAGAUCAAGGGGCGCGUGUGGGUGGAGAGCAGCCACGCCUGGCGAGACUUCUACACCCAGCCCAUGAAUCCCUGCAGCGUCCACGCUGCCUGUGGACCUUUCACUGUCUGCACCACCACCGGCGGCGGCGACAACAACGCGAACAUGUCCUGCGAUUGCAUGGAGGGAUUCUCUAUCAGGUCGCCCAGUGAAUGGGACCUCGACGAUCGAGCGGGAGGGUGCACGAGGAACAACCAACUCGAUUGCGCCACGGACAGGUUCUUGCCCGUGCCUGGCGUUCAGUUGGCCUACGACCCCGUGCCCAUGAAAGCAACUGACGCUGAUGGAUGUGGCCAGGCUUGUGCCACUGAUUGCUCUUGCACUGCUUACUCAUAUGCUAGCACUACUGGUGGUGGUGGUGGUGGGUGCUCUAUCUGGCGUGGAGAAUUGCUUAACACCGCAACAGCAAGUACCACCGGCGACACUCUCUACCUUCGCCUCUCUGCCAAGGAUCUGCAGACGCUGAGAGAGAACCAAAGAUCAGGCCGCCCAUCUAAGGCGACAGUUGUUACUGCUGCAAGCAUUGCGGCCGGUGGUUUUGUGAUAAUUGCGCUCAUCGUACUACUCGUUUGCAGCUGGAGGAGAACAAGCAACACCCAAGAUUGCGAUGGGACGAUUAUUAGAUCAUUCACGUAUAGUCACCUACGCCACGCGACAAGAAACUUCUCUGACAGGCUAGGAGGCGGCGGAUUUGGUUCUGUGUACAAGGGAACGAUUCUAGGGAGGGACGACGAUGGUUCCGCGGUCACUACUAUAGCGGUGAAAAGACUACUAGAUGGUGCUCGUCAGGGAGAGAAGCAAUUCAGGGCUGAGGUGAGUUCGAUAGGCCUGAUCCAGCAUAUCAACCUGGUGAAACUGGUCGGUUUCUGCUGCGAGAGCGAUAAAAGGUUGCUAGUGUACGAGCACAUGGUCAAUGGUUCUCUCGACGUCCAUCUGUUCAAUAGUAAUGGCGGCGGUGGUGGUGGAAAGGAUGGUGUCGUCGUCCUAGACUGGAGCACGAGGUACCAGAUCGCCGUCGGGGUCGCGAGAGGGCUGGCGUACCUGCACGAGGGCUGCCGCGAGCGCAUCAUCCACUGCGACAUCAAGCCGGAGAACAUACUCCUCGACGCGUCGCUCGUCCCAAAGAUCGCGGAUUUCGGGAUGGCGGCGAUCGUGCCCAGGGAUUUCAGCCGCGUCCUCACUACGUUCAGAGGAACCAUAGGCUACCUUGCCCCGGAGUGGAUCGGUGGAGAAGCCAUCACCGAAAAAGUGGACGCCUACAGCUUCGGAAUGGUGCUGCUGGAGAUCGUGUCAGGGAGGAGGAACUCGCCUAAGGUAUACACCACCAACAGCUGCCACGUUUCUUAUUUCCCGUUGCAGGCCAUCACGACGAUGCUCCACGACGGAGAUGUGAAUAGCUUGGUAGAUCCACAGCUGCACGGCGAGUUCAACUUGGAAGAGGCUUUAAGGCUAUGCAAAGUUGCAUUUUGGUGUAUUCAGGAUAACGAACUUGACCGGCCGACAAUGGGUGAAGUGGUUCAGGCUCUCGAGGGCCUACAUGAUGUUGGUAUGCCCCCUAUGCCAAGACAACUUGCAACUAUAGCAAGAAACGAGUUGUGAUACAAAUUAUUAGAAGCAUUUCUUUUCUUUUCUUUUUUUCCUUUGUUCCCUCCACGAUUUAUAGCGAUGACAAGAAGCUAUAUAUGCAAUUAAACGUAGCAUAUAUAAGGUGCAGGAGUUUUAUACUUUAUGUUUAUCUCUUCAUGUUUGUAGCAAUGGUACGCAAUGCAAUAAUUGUACCAACGCAUCAUGCUAUACGAAUAUUUUUUUUGGUGAAUGGUG